UCGGUAUGUCAGCAUGAAGACAAAAAUGUGGCUGCGGUUGUUGGGAUAGUAUUUGCAUUUCGUGAUCUGGGGUUAUGGGGGAGAGAUCUAUACGAAAAUAUCACGACGGCGAUCCAAUCAUAUACUUAGCCGGUAGUGGCGAGGAAUCCACUCUACCGUGGUUGAUUUGGCGCUAAGGACCUUCCAGACCUUAUCGGUUGCGUCACUGGCUCUAUCGCUAUCGAUGUGAGGCCAUGAAAUUGUCAGGGUCUCAGAUCGUGAAACCUAUAUAAUAUAAUCUGUAUUCCCCGAUCUUCAGAGAACAUAAUUGACCGUCAAGCACUACCUUGAAUAGCAACAGAGACGAAACUACUACCAGUUUUAAACCCGGCAACAUCCACACAUCACUGAGCUCAACGACAAACACACCGUCGCCAUGACGUCCAAGCUCGUCCCCAGCAACCCCUCCGCCGUAAUGGUCAUCCGCGACAUCACCCCCAACAUCACCACCCUCUCCGUCCCCUUCGCGCGCUUCGGUCUCAUCCGCGUCGGCGGCCGCGGCACAAUCGUCCGCCUCACAUCCGGCGCCCUCUCCGUCUUCUCCCCGACCGCCCUCACCCCCGAAGUCCGCGCCAAGCUGCAAGAAAAAGGCGAUAACCUCAAAUACAUCAUCGCCCCCGAUAUCGAGCACCACAUCUUCGUCAGCGAAUGGGCGCGCGCCUACCCCUCCGCACAAGUCAUCGGCGUCGAAGGACUGGCUGAGAAGCGCGCCGCUGCUGCCAAGGACCCCAAGAGUCCCAGCCACGGCGCGCAGGUGCCGUUCGCGACGGUGUUUACGGAGAAGUUGAAGGGGCAGGUUAGGAUAUCGGAGGAGUUUGAUCGGGAUUUCGAGUACGAGUAUGUGCCGGAGCAUAUGAAUAAAGAGCUUGUGUUCUGCUACAAGCCGGACCGCACGUUGAUCGUGGCGGACUACUUGUUUAAUCUGCCAGCGACGGAGCAGUAUUCGCGAACCGGGGAGGCGGCGGAUAAGGGGAUCAUGACGAGGUUGUUUGGGGCGUUGACGUCGACGCAGGGGAGGGCGUUGGGGCAGAAGAGGUUUCUUUGGUAUGGGGCGAGUGCGGCGAAUAGGGAGGGGUUUGGGGAGAGCGCGAGGAGGAUUGGGGGGUGGGAUUUUGAGAGGAUCAUUCCGUGUCAUGGGGAUGUGGUGGAGGUGGGGGGGAUGGAGGUGUUUAGGAAGGUGUUUGGGUGGCAUUUGGGGGGGGGGAGGAAGUAG